UCAGAAGACACAAGCCCGUCAUCUCGCCGCCGGCGAUGCGUAGACGGCAAUGACGACGAAGACGACGACGACGCGCAGCGCCACCAAGAGCAUCCUCCUCCUCGCGCUCAUCCUCGCUCCGCACCUCGCCGCCGCGGCGUCGGGCGGAGAUGCGCUGAGCCAGCGGCGCCGGCUGCUCGACGACCACGGCGGCGGCGGCGGCCAUGGCGGCGGCGUGUACGUGGACCCGUCGUACACGUUCCCGAACCCGCGGCUGCGCGACGCGUACGUGGCGAUGCAGGCGUGGAAGCGCGACAUCCUGUCGGACCCGCACAACGUGACGGGGACGUGGCACGGGGCCGACGUGUGCGCCUACGAGGGCGUCUUCUGCUCGCCGUCGCAGGACGACCCGCACCUCGUCGUCGUCGCCUCCGUCGACCUCAACCACGCCGACCUGGCCGGGCACCUCCCCGAGGAGCUCGGGCUGCUCACCGACCUCGCCGUGUUCCACGUCAACUCCAACCGCUUCUGCGGCGUCGUGCCGCGGUCGCUCGAGAAGCUGCACCUCCUCCACGAGCUCGACGUCAGCAACAACCGCCUCGUCGGCGCCUUCCCCGACGUCGUGCUCCGGAUGCCCAGCCUCCGGUACCUCGACCUCCGGUUCAACGACUUCGAGGGCCCCGUGCCGCGCGAGCUCUUCGACCGCCCGCUCGACGCCAUCUUCCUCAACUCCAACCGCCUCCGCUUCCAGAUCCCCGACAACGUCGGCAACUCGCCGGCGUCCGUGCUCGUGCUCGCCAACAACGACUUCGGCGGCUGCCUGCCGGCCUCCAUCGCCAACAUGUCCCGCACGCUCGACGAGAUCAUCCUCAUGAACACGGGGCUCAAGUCCUGCAUCCCGCCGGAGCUCGGGAUGCUCACCAGCCUCACCGUGCUCGACGUCAGCCACAACGGCCUCAUGGGGGCCAUCCCCGGCGAGCUCGCCAGGCUCGAGAAGAUCGAGCAGCUCGACCUCGGCAACAACCGCCUCGUCGGCGACGUGCCGGAGGGCAUCUGCCACCUGCCGCACCUGCAGAACUUCACCUACUCGUACAACUUCAUCACCGGCGAGCCGCCGGUGUGCAUGCACGUCAAGGAGUUCGACGACCGCCGGAACUGCAUCCCCGGCCGCCCCGACCAGAGGCCGGCCGAGCAGUGCCAGUUCUUCAACACGCACCCCGUCAACUGCGACGCAUUCAGGUGCAAGAAGUUCGUCCUCCCCUCUCCUCCUCCGCCGCCACCUUCGCCGCCGCCGCCGUCUCCUCCUCCGCCCUCACCUUCCCCUCCGCCACCUUCACCUCCUCCGCCGUCUCCUCCCCCACCAUCUCCAUCACCCCCGCCACCUUCACCUCCUCCGCCAUCUCCUCCUCCGCCAUCUCCAUCGCCUCCUCCUCCUUCUCCCCCGCCGCCGUCUCUUCCGCCACCAUCACCAUCGCCGCCGCCUCCAUCUCCUCCUCCGCCGUCUCCUGUCUACUACAGCUCGCCGCCGCCGCCCUACUACGAGGUGUCACCUGAGGACAGAUACCUCUCGCCGCCGCCACCUACGGCGUACAACAAGGCGUCACCACCGCCCUACUACGAGGUGUCGCCGGAGAACAGGUACCUGUCGCCGCCACCUCCAACCUACCAAGGAACGCCACCACCGCCGCCACAUUACGAGGUGUCGCCUGAGGACAGGCACCCGUCGCCGCCACCUCCAUCACCGGUGAAGUGGAAGCUGCCGGUGUACGAGUACUCAUCGCCGCCGCCGCCGCCAGCAGCAACACCGAACCCAUAAAAUUGAUUCUUUUCGGGAUUUUUUUUUCACAGUACACUAUGAUCAUACAUAUUGUUCAUUUGUUGUAUGUUGAGUAAAAAAAAGCUGCUAAAUCUUUGCUGUUACUACCUCCUUUUCUAAUUUUAUUUUGGUUUCUUGUGAUGUAUCUAUUUUUUCUUCUUCUUCUUUUAUUUUUCUCCAAUUAAUUUGCUUGCAUUACAGAACAUCCAUUGUGAAGAAAUGGUUACACACAUAGACAGAAAUGAAGAAGAAAACAAUGAGAGAUUUUAUACUCAUUUGCAUUAUUA